CUCUCUCUCUCUCUCUCUCUCUCUCUCUCUCUCUCUCUCUCUCUCUCUCUCUCUCUCUCUCUCUCUCUCUCUCUCUCUCUCUCUCUCUCUCUCUCUCUCUCUCUCUCUCUCUCUCUCUCUCUCUCUCUCUCUCUCUCCUCAACUCUCAACCACUGGAUGGUAUAUCAGUUCACACAGCAAGAAGCCAAGGACCCACCGAGGCUGUCACUUGGAAGAGGUCAUUGUUGUUGCAUCCAGCAUCCCAGCCUGACUGCCUAGACAGGUCCCGCAGGUUGCUGAAUGGCAGAGGUGCAGGCUGCUCCACAGCAAGAUGUGAGACCAGUGUGGCAGAGUAUGAUGUGUACACAAUGAGGGACACACUGUAGCCAACCCAGUAGAUUACCCGUGCUGCAGUGCUGAUUGGGUCCUCACCUUGUUGUAGGAGAGCUGACAACAUGUACCAGCCAGCAGCAACUCCCAUGCUAACAGGCUUCUCCCCCGUGGGUAUGUAGCACCUCUGGAGUCGCUCGAUGAAGAAGAGGAUGCUGGCGAGGCCUGUCGUGUUAGCCGGGAUGCGCCGGUACAGAGCUGUGUCCGUUGGGGUUGUGUAGGCAAACAUCUUCUUGGCAAGGUCCUCGUGGGUGGCCGCAAACAGUUUACGGCUGUGGGAUGAGAACUUGUCUUGUGAAUGUGACAUUGGGGUGAGUGUUAAUCUGAUUUUGUGUUACUAUGUUCUGUGGGGAGUGGGUGUUAAUGUGAUUUUUUGUUAACUGAAUGCUGUGUCUGACCUCCUGAGGUGUAGUAUGGUGGGCCACAAGAUUGUCCCUUUCCACUAGGGGCUGACAGAUGAUAUUAAGAGUGUGAAUGUGUGUGUGGUGCCUUGUUUGGGCCAUUUUGUGUGUGAUUGCCAGCCUGAUGUAUAGACAGCUAAAUCGUUAAUAAUAAUGAAGUUAAGAGUGUGAAUGUGUGGUGAUUUGUCUGCGGUGUCUUGGGGAGGAUUGUUGGCCUGGUAUAUAGAUAAAUAGAUUAGAAUUUGGAUUAACAGUGUCAAUGUUGUAUGUGAGUGUAUAGUGUAGUGUCUGGGCCACCCUGUAUAGGACUGCCAGCCUGGCAUAUAGAUAGAUCAAUCUAAUUAUUUGACAUUUCAUAUUCUGAACAUUUUGCUGAUCCAAUUAAUCUGUUAAGGGAGCACUUUGUUCAACAUCUUUAAAAUAUUAUUUGAUCAUCACCUGUAUCUCUCACCUGAUGAUAUAGAUAGGCUGGGUGUAGGUAACAACUUUCAACCUCUCCUCAGUGAUGGACAAUUCAGAGACAGUGAGGUCAGCUUCCCCUGACUGCAGAGCUCCUACCGUGCCCGUCCACUCGUUGCUUGAGUUGUCCUUCAGUUUCCCGUAGGCAUAACCUUCCAGUACAUUGAAACUGACUCUGUACAAGAGAGAGAGUGGGAGAAAAAAUAGUGUUGUGUAUUGAGGGAAAGAAAAUUUCUGUCUUGUCUUCUCUAUUUAGGGAAAGAAAAGGAAAAGGGCAAGUAGUGUCAUAUGCAUGGAGGAAAAGGAAAAUUAUUCUCAUAUGCACUGAGCAAAAAGGAAAAGUACUGUGAUAUGUACUAAGGGAAAGGCUGGGUGUACUGAAGGGAAGGAAAAAUACUGUUGUCGUAUUUAUUGAGGAAAAGAAAGAAAUACUGUCGUAUGUACAUUUUUUAAUUGCUAGAAAGAAAAGUGAAAUAUACAUUUAUAUGUAUAGUUUAUUUUUCAUAUCAGUCACAAGUAUGGAUGUUUGUUUCCCUUCUUUUUUUCACAUGUACAGCUACCUCCUCAAAUAGCAUGUAUUUUCAAAAUUUCAAGCUGCUGUGAUGAUGAAAAAAGCCUGAAAGAAAAAUGACAAGGAACAAAAAGUAAUGAGAAUAAGUUUUGUGGCAACUAUUCAUUAGGUGUCACUUUUUCACUCCUCCACUUAGACCGGUACAGUUGAACGCAAAAUGUGAAAACUUACGAGAAAUUGUGUGCAUCCCUUAGUGCAGUGACAAUAUCCCCCACAAAACCAGUGAUAUUUCUUUGACUGGAGGUUAGUUCAAUAAUUUUGAAGGCUGGGAUUAAUUUUAAUGAGGGAUGAGAGGGUGGAAGUGACUGGAGUAUAGGUUAAUAAUUCUACCAGCUGGAAAGGAUUUUGAGGGUCAGAGGAAAGUGAUUGGAUAUUAGCUUGAUAAUCGUGCUUGGUGAGAUUAAUUUUAGUGAGAGACUAGAUGGUGGGAGGAUGAUAUUUAGAGGUUAGUUUGGUAAUUUUGCCAGUUGGUAUUAAUUUUUAGUGAGGGAUGAGGGUGUCAGAAGAAUGUGACUGGAGGUUAGUUUAAUAAUUCUGAGGGUGGGAGGAAAGUAAUAGGGGGUUAGUUUAAUUUUGGUGAUGGAUGAGAGUGUGAGUGGAAAGUGUAGCUGACCACAUAAUUUAUCAAAUAGUACAAGCAUGUACACAUUCUUAAUAAUGUUCCAUGUUAAGAUAUACUAAACAUGAAGUUACUCCACAAUAUAUGAUGGUGUAAAUUACGAAUGGUUAAAGUCGAGACUUGUUUGAUGAUGGCCUGUUUGCUUGCUCCCCUUGGACGUGCGGCAAGUGCAGCAGCGUUCGACCGUUUCUCUAGGGGCAAGCGACACCUCCUGGUGGGGGACUUCAAAUCUGCUGUCGCUGCCUUCGAGGAGGCAACAGAGUCCCUGGUGGAGCUGUGUGGGGAGCAGGCGCCCGAGUGUGGUGACGCGUACUGCCGCUGUGGCCGUGCAUUGCUGGAGCUGGCACGCAAGGAGGCAGGGGUGCUGGGGCCAGAUCUGGAUGGUGCCAGUAGUCAGGAGGGAAGCACAGGGGAAGAGGAGGACGAGGAGGAAGAGAGUUAAGAGUCACAAGAGGAGGAGGAAGGUGGAAAGAAAGAGGAAGGAGAGGAGGAGGAGGAGGAGGAGGAAGAUGGAGAAGGAAAGGAGAAAGAUAAGAAGGAAGGAAAUGCCGCAGAAGGAGAAGAGCAAUAAGAAAUUAGAAUUGACAGAGAAACCAGACAAGGACCUGCAUUUGAAGAAGCACAAGAACCAAGAAAUUACAUCAUUCAAUGAAAUGACAACAUAAUCUAAAAUAGAAAUCAAAAACGUCACAAGACAGAAUAGUGAGCUGCACGCACUUAUCACAGAGUAUAAAGUCACUCCCUCAGAGGAAAAAGACAAGGAUGGCAUGUCUUCAUGUGAGAACUCAGAAGCUAAAUGUACAGAUACCAAGGGGAAAUUGCUGGGUCAAGUGGCUAUACUGACAUCUGAGGUUAGCAGGUUGGAGAGUGAGUGCAGCAGUCUUCAGGUUCAGCUAGACUGUGAGAGGGAUAAGUAUAACAAACUGCUGGGAGAAUCUCUUGCUCAUGAAAAGUUGUCUGAAGAUGUCAUAACUGAACCAAAAGGAGAAACAACAGGAUUGGGAGGAACUGAGCUUUAACAGAAGCUGCAACAACUGCAGGAGGCUCACAGGGUCCUGGAGAGCAGGUUAACUUGCAGCAUGAAGGAGGUGGCUGAGCUGAGUGACAGGAAGUAGCAGCUUGAGCAUGCUGUAGUGCAUGAGGAGACAGAGUCCAUCGGUGACUACAUCACCAUCUACCAGUUGCAGCGAGGAGUGAUGAAGCAACAAGCUCGAGAACGCGAGUUAGACCUUGCCAGCCUCCAUCAUGAAUGAGAGGAAAUGAAGCAAAACCACUCUGCAGCCCAGAAACCCACAGCAGCAUUAAGAGUGGAGAGAGAGAGAGAAGAGAAGACACACAGAAUGGAUGAAUAGAGAUGAUGUGGUUUGUAAAAAUAUGGUGUAAGGUCUGUUGGCUUUGGUGGGAAUGGUUUUCCAAUCAUUCCUCUCUUGCACAACCAUUUUGCUUCAUAAACAGGCAUCUCUCUUUCAUCUUCCCACCAAACACUGUUAUUCCACCUUAUAUUUAUGUAUUUGCAUGCUUAUCUUCUCAAAUUGUUCCCCUUCCAUUCUCUCCGCAUGUCUGACUCUCUCCUUUCUGUGGUUGAUCACUCACUCUGCUGUUCCUCCACAUUCAUGACUAUAUAUGAUGCACAUGUGCUUUAUAAUCAAUCAAAUGUUUCAUGUAGAUGAUGUUUUCAUUCACACACAGUUCCCCCUCCUCCCUGUUUCAUUCAUUGCCAUUUUGCUCUCUCUCUCUCUCUCUCUCUCUCUCUCUCUCUCUCUCUCUCUCUCUCUCUCUCUCUCUCUCUCUCUGUGUGUGUGUGUGUGUGUGUGUGUGUGUGUGUGUGUGUGUGUGUGUGUGUGUGUGUGUGUGUGUGUGUGUGUGUGUAAGAGCUCAGAGCUCAUGGUGACUGAUCUUUGGGUAGGACUGAGGCCAAUGACACACCACACACCGGGGCAGCGAAGUCACAUCACCUCGGGUUACAUCCUGUACCUACACAUUAAGAGGCUACACAUUAAGAGGCUUGUCCAUCUGCCUCACCGUGCCCGAGAUUCGAACCUGGGCCUUCUUGGUUGUGAGCCGAGCGUGCUAACCACUACACUACGUGGUGUGUAAGUGUGUGUGUGUGUGUGUGUGUGUGUGUGUAAUGAUGCAGCUGGGAAGGUCGUCUUAUGACAAUUAUUGAUGAAUGAAGGUAAAGGAUGCGUGUCUAUUACUUCUCUUUGUGUGUGUGUGUGUGUGUGUGUGUGUGUGUGUGUGUGUGUGUGUGUGUGUGUGUGUGUACAUAACACACACACAUACACACACACUUAAAAAAGUAGUAAUGACAUGCGCAUCCAUUACCUUCAUUUGUCAAUAAUUAUCAUAAGGCAACCUUCUCAGCUGCAUCAGCGCACACACACACACACACACACACACACACACACACACACACACACACACACACACACAAACAUAACUGACUGUCUUCAGCCUCUCUCUCACCGCCGCAAUGUUGCAUCUCUAGCUGUCUUCUACCGCUAUUUUCAUGCUAACUGCUCUUCUGAUCUUGCUAACUGCAUGCCUCCCCUCCUUCCAUAGCCUUGCUGCACAAGAUUUUCUUCUUUCUCUCACCCCUAUUCUGUCCACUUCUCUAAUGCAAGAGUUAACAAGUAUUCUCAAUCAUUCAUCCCUUUCUCUGGUAAACUCUGGAACUCCCUGCCUGCUUCUGUAUUUCCACCUUCCUAUGACUUGAAUUCCUUCAAGAGGGAGGUUUCAAGACACUUAUUCAUCAACUUUUGACCACUGCUUUGACCCUUUUAUGGGACUGCCAUUUCAGUGGGCAUAUUUUUUUUAUUGGAUUUUUGUUGCCCUUGGCCAGUGUCACUCAUACAUAAAACACACACACACACACACACACACACACACACACACACACACACAGAAAUUAUAUUAGAAAUUAUUAGAAAUUAGAUAAGUUACCACUCACGAGCCUACGCGACGCCAUGUACGUGAGCAACGCAUGUUUUUAAGCAUCUGGAGCAAAGUGGUUAAAGGAAAACUUUUUGACUUGAAAUGUAAUUAGAUUCAUCAGUUAUUUUUCUGGCUGACAUUGUUUUUGGAAGGUGGCACUUAAAAGAUAUGUGAAUGCUGUAUCUAGAUAUAAACAAACAUUCACAAAUACUCAUUCCAUUAUGUGUCUGUCAUUAGGCCCUCAAAUAAACAACAAAUUAAGUGAAAAGUUACUAUCUCCCUUCCUGGCUUGCGCUCCAGUUGCUCUGAGUUGUAGCAGCAGUGACGUGUGGCACCCAGGAUGAAGGUGGUCUGCAGGGUGGUCUGUGUCAGGGGGAUGAUGGCAGACAACAGCAGCAGCACCGUGACAGCUCAAGCAUCCUGUUGAAAUUAUCACUUUUUAAAUGCUGAAAAGUGAAGGAAAAACCUGUCUCCAUGGAAUGUGGAAGUACACAACAACAACUCUGAAAGAUUUCUUACAAUAAUAAGUCAUCAUUCAUUGUAUCCUUUUUUGUUGGCCACAAGAUUAUCAUACAAAUUUUCCAUAGACAUCUGCAAAUUGGUACCUCUAGCUGUUAUUAAAUAUGAUAUUAAGUUUGAUGAAUGUAUUUAUUUCAUUAUACAUGAAAGUUGUUGAUUGCAAAAAAAAAUAAUAACCAAAAUAUA